UGAACGCACCAUUAGAACAACAAACACCAGUAGAGACCAGUACUGAAAAGAGGUGCUAUUAGAACUACAUUACAGCAUAAAAGCUGCAACUUGCAGUGACCACAGGGGAUUUACAUUAUACAGAAUGACAAACCGAGCGAUGUCGCGUUUAGCACAGUGGUGUUCACGUGUAUUUAUGGUAGAAAUCGAUCCGACCAAGGAACCGUUUUAUUUCUCACUGAGCACAAAGCCCAAAUCUGGAGAUAAUAAGGAGCUACACGUACUGUUCAACAGCGAUGAUCUUUAUUCAAUGUACACAGUGAGUGACGACAGGAUUCAGAACGUUCGUACGCAUGCGCGGCUUAAACACGCACUAACAACAACCCUGCCGCCCGACUGUCACUUGUUAGAAACAACCUCUUUCAUUCCUAACGUCAAAAACUCGCUUAUUAGAGGGCUUUUACUGCGGGGUAACUCUACUAACCCAUUUACAGAGCGGAUCUUAAACCAGUUACAGCAGAAUGUGAUUGUAUUUAGGUACAGCCGCGAUAUAAACGGUGAAUACGCGUGCUCGGAUAUUAGUGACGUCACUACCACAGAGAGUAGUAAGCGGUAUUACGUCACACCUGUUCUUGCACCGGAGCACCAUCCAUCAACGUUUAACAUUAUCAACUCGGAUGUCUUCUACCAGAUGCAAGAUGCAUAUAAAGUACUCCAAGAGUGCAGGGAUGCCAUACCAGAAUCAAGUGCAGUACUGAAGCUUGUGGAUGAACAACUGGCGGUCUACAGCAGCCAUGAAGAAAAGUUCCCAGUUAUUGUGAUAGAAGGACUGGAUGCAACAGGUAAAACAACUUUGACCUGCAGCCUACAAAAGGAACUGGGUGCUGUUUUGCUGAAGUCCCCACCUCAAUGCCUAGCCCUCUAUAGAGAGUGUUUUGACGCGGAACCACCACUUAUCCGCAGGGCGUUCUAUGCUCUGGGAAACUAUAUCACUGCGGGACAGAUAAUGAGGGAGUCAUUACAUGCACCUGUGAUUGUGGACAGGUACUGGCAUAGCACAGCGGCCUAUGCGAUAGCCAAUGCAGUUAGUGGGAAAGUGCAGAACCUCCCUCCAGUGGGCUCAGAGAUUUACAACUGGCCAUCUGACCUGCUGAGGCCAAACCUGGUACUGCUGCUCAGCGUCAGCCCACAAGAGAGGUUGCGCAGACUUUUACACAGAGGCCUUAAUAAAACUGAGGAGGAAAAGCAGCUGGAGAUCAAUCAUCUGUUCCGCCAGAAAGUUGAUGAAGCCUACAAGAGAAUCCAGAACCCUGCCUGCAUCGUUGUGGAUGCUAGCCCAUCUCCAGAAAAUGUGCUCCAACAUGUGCUGCAAAUAAUAAAAGACAAAUGCCACUUAUAAAUACACUUAAUUACUGAAAUCCUGUUGACUAAAACUUGAGACUUUAGUACCUUUUUCUUCCAUUAGAUGGUGGUAUAGCCACAAACCUUUACUUAGAAUCAGCUAUUCUAACAGUUGUUUAGGUCUUCAAGUGCAUUGGCCGAACAGGCGACUGAUGGCUAGGGGCCAGAAUGCAUCAGGUCCCGUCUCCUGACAUGUCACAACCUGUUCACUUCCCACAGAUUAACACUGAUGACACCAGAAGUAAAGUUAUUAUGAAUGCCUGGAUGAGAUGUCAUCUCCUAUAUACAGGUUUAGAGCCUUGUAUGUUUCAUACGCUCCAUUAUGUUAUUUCCUCACACUGGAGCACAGGAACUGAACCCAAGUGCUUGCUGAAUUCAUCAAUCACUUCAAUUAGAUUUUUGUACAAGGGUCCAUUGUUGGUCAGCUCAGUGUUCACUCCUCAGAGAGCCGUGAGCAUGCCACAUUAAGAGCUAUCAUGGCCUUCUGGACCUAGAAAUUCCUCCAAUUGGAUGUAUUUCUGAGCAUUAAUAAAAGAGUAAUCCCUCAGGAAAGUAAUUUUAUUUUCUUUUGACAUUCAGUGUGUGACAUAUUUUCCACUAAGGUUUUAAAAGCUAAAUUUAAUGUUAAGAUUACUGUCUAUUUAUUUUAUACUCAAUAACUCAAUUUUCUGAAUUUGUUCUGAAUAAUUUAUAUAUUUACUUGCUGUUCACCCUGCCAGUGGUAUAAUUUCAAAUGAUUUCUUGUUCAUUUAUUUCUACCAACCACUUUUUCCUGGUCAUGGUCACUGAGGGUCUGGCAUCACACAGAAACACACCUAGGACAAGGUUCCAGUAAAUCACAGAAAUGUAUUUGUAGUCCGUGCAGCCGAUUCACUUUUCUGCAUGUUCUUGCAAGGUGAGAGAAGACUGGUAUACCUAAAGGGAACCCUUGCAGACACAGAGAAAACACAUUCCACUGACUGUGACCAGUAGCAGAACCAGGAUCUUAGGAACCAUGUUGCUGGGCAGAACCCACUGUAUCAACUUGCUACCCAUACAUUACAAAAAAACAUUUAGCAUUAUGAUCAAAUGCUUUGUUAAUGUAUUCAUUCAUUCAUAUUUAGUAUCUGUUUAGUGUGAUCAGGGUCAAAUCAGGACCAGAGCUUGUCUAGAAAACACCGGGUGUAAAAUAGUGUUUUAUGAAGACACCCAUUUUCGUUAAUGGUUUCACCUGUAGAUUGUUCUUUGUAUUAUGUAGCCAGUGAAUGUUUGUACAACUGUUAAAAGUACAAAAACAGUUUUCCAAAAUCAUUACCAGAUGUUGGUUUUUGCACCAUUUGUUUCAAGCUGAAACAUGGACUCAUCUGACCACAGUACAUUUUUCCACCAUUGGUCCAUCUAAAAUAAGCUUGGGCCUAGAGAAAUCUGCAGUGUUUCUUCAUAGAAUUUAUGUAUGGCUUUCUAUUUGCAUAAUAAAGUUUAAU